AUGGAUCGGGGAGCUCUUACUUAUUCUACUGAAAAUGUAGUUACAGUUCUUUCUACUAAUUAUAUUGUAGUAAAGAAGUUGUGCCCUGAAAUGGAGAAUGAAUUUUUUAAUUUAAAGAAUCAAAGAACUGUAGCUGCUUCCUUAACAAUUGAUAAUGUGCAAGUUUUAGAAGAUGACUCAUGUGCAAAGGUGAAAGGAAAUAGGGAGUGUUGUAAAGAUGAUAGUCUGGACAUCAACUGUUUUCUGAAUAAUUACUGUAAGAAGCAGAAUGAUGUUGAGAGAGUGCGGGGAGGCAAUGAAACGGAAGUUGCAGAUGUGUCAUUAGAAUUCUCAGUAUCUAAUAAGAAACAGUAUUUCACUGUCACGAAAGAAGUGUCAUUGGGAGGUGUUUUUUUGUGGGUCGCAGUCAUUUGCAUCCCCACAUAA